AUAAGUAUUUACCAUCGUGUCGUUAUAGGAAAAUUAAAAAUUGUGUCAUCUCGGGCAAAAAUUAAUGCUUAAAAACUAAGUAAAACGGAGAAAACGCUUUUUUUUUGUCUGCAGAUUAUACCUUCAAUCGAUAUUAAAAGUUAAACACGCAAAUUAAGCUUAAUCGCGCAAGCACUGUAUAUCCAAUUCCAUCUAUCUACUUAUGUGUAUAUGUAUGAAGACAUUGAUAUAAAAUAAAGAAAGGAAGUUUAGCAUAAGCAAUCAUAGAUUGUCUGGACAUUAGGCAUCAACAUAACUUAUUAGUGCGCAGAUAUUGGAAAAACAAAAAAAAAAAGCAAUCACAAUAAAAGCUUCAAUCGAAAAAAAAAAAAACAUUUUACAUAAAGUCAUUUGAAAAACAAUCCAACGAAAGCCAAUUAAAAUUCUAGUGUUGAACCGAGCGAUGUAGUCGAAUUACAUAUGUACAUACAUACGUACAUAUGUAUGAAUGCAAUAAAAAUAAUCGAAAGUUGCACCAAUUUGUAUAAGGAAAAUAAUGAAAAGUUGGGAAUAUCAUAAUGGCUUUUGCAACUGAUGAUUCCGAUUAUUAUUAUUGCCAACCCAAGAAGUUACCCCUAUGCAAAUAUACUGUGCAGUUAGAGAACUGCUGCACGUACAUAUGAACAGAGUGAAUUGCCAAAGGGUAAAAAGCUACUCGCCAUGUCGUUAAGGUCUUCGGUUGAAAAAACACCUACAACGGCAGCAGUUAAACAUCAACAGCAACAACAACAAAAACAACAGCAACAACAACAACAACAGCAAGAGCACACCAUCGUCGCAAUUGUAGCAGGUCAACAAAAGCGGAAGUCGCUCAAUUCCAAGCGUUCGUAUUCCCUAUCCUCGAGCGGCUCAUCCACAGCCUCCUUGGGAGCCACAAGGUCCGCGACAUCACCAUUGGUAACCGUUACCGAGAAGAGUACUGCGAAUACGAAUACAACUACAAAUACCCAGGCGCAGGCACAGUCACAGUCACAGGUCCAGGUCCAGGGUCAAUCGUUUUUGCCCUUCUCAUCGUUUUCAUACUGCACCGAUACCAUAGCAGCAGUGCAUCAUCAGCGCCAAUCCUACGCCCUGGUGCAGAAGCCCCCAUCGUUGCGAUACCAGGGGAAGCCCCAAGCACAUCCACAUCAACAUCCACAUCAGCACCAACUCCUGGCCAACUUCUCGCCCACAAUGACAUCCUCGGAACCGUCAUCGCCCUUGGCUGCCGAUGGAUCCGCCUCCUCGGUCCUCGGCCCCUCCUCCUCCUCCACCUCGGAGGUUGCCUCUUCGCAUUGUUGCACCAAUGUCAAGGCCAGUAUCACUCCGUUGGCAACACAGAAAAUGCACCGAACAAUACCAUCUGAUAAAAUAAACCUUCGCCUCAUACUUGUGAGUGGUAAAACAAAAGAAUUUAUUUUUAGCCCGUCAGAUUCCGCAGGUGAUAUUGCACAAACAGUAUUUGAUAAUUGGCCAGAAGAUUGGACUCAUGAAACUGUAGCGAAAGCCGAAAUCUUGCGUUUGAUUUAUCAAGGUCGUUUUCUUCACUGCAAUGUAACCUUAGGAGCACUGGGACUUCCAUUAGGCAAAACGACUGUUAUGCAUUUAGUGCCACGUGAUAAUUUGCCAGAGCCCAAUUCGCAAGAUCAAAGACAAAAUAGUAAAGGCGGUUCUGGACGAUGCUGUUCCACAAAUUGCUCUAUUUUGUAACUAAAUUAUUAUAUAAUAGUGUAAUAUUUAAACUAAUUUGAAUUAUAAAAUAAUAAAAA